AUGACUCUUUAUACUGCCAUUGAAGCCAAAACCGUCUCUCAUCCCUCGAAAACCACCUAUCUUGGAAAUGUUCCAGGCCAAGGGAAAGAAACUCUCGUCGAUUUGACGAAAGGAAAGCCAACAGGUGGCUAUGCUUCUUUUGCCUAUCUCCUCCCAGCUCCAACCCUUGCCCGUUACAAAAAGUACGGUAUCGACACCAGCAAGGGUUACCCAGAGGCCCCACCUCAGACCGAAAUCCCAACCUUCGUGGAUGAGGCCUAUGCGGUCAGAAACAAAGAUUUUCCGUAUACCGAACGGGGGAAGAACGCUGACCCCGAGAAGAAGGCAUUGUUUGGAGCAGCCACAGAGGUUCGCCACUUGACCAAGCACAUCGGGACCGAGAUUGUGGGGUUGCGGUUACAGGCUUUGACGGAUCAACAGAGAGACGAAUUGGCCCUUUUGAUCGCCGAAAGAGUGGUGGUCUUCUUCCGCGAUCAGGACUUGUCUCCUCAGAAGCAAUUGGAGUUGGGAGAGUACUACGGCCAGGUGGAAAAGCAUCCACAGGCCCAACACGUCCCUGGCCUCGAGGGGAUUUCCAUCAUCUGGCCGGAAUACUAUACCCAAAUUGGCUAUAACAGUACCUUUAAGCAACCUAGAUCCGGGUGGCACACUGACUUGGUCCACGAACACCAACCAGCGGGGAUCACUCAUCUCCACAACGACACCAUUCCGCAGUUGUCUCCUGCGUUGCAAGAGUUCUUGAUCGGUAAGAAGGCUGUUUACGUCUCGGCUCAUAAAUACUUUGACAGAAACGAUCCGUUAAACGGGAAAAGGCGUAUUGAAAGAGAACACCCUAUUGUUAGAACCCACCCGGUCACUGGGUGGAAGUCUCUCUAUGUCAAUCGUGCCAUGACUGACAGAAUUGUUGGAUUGGAACCAGGCGAGUCCAAGGUGCUUUUGGAGUAUUUGUUUAGAGUGUUUGAAAAGAACUUGGGCAUCCAGGUACGUUUCAACUGGGAGCCAACAAAGAAAGGGCUAGGAACAUCUGCCCUAUGGGACAACAGAGUUUCGCAACACAAUGCCAUCUGGGAUUACGAAAACACCGAGCCACGUCACGGGACCCGAGUAACGUCGUUGGCCGAGCUUCCCUACUUUGACCCUCAAUCAAAGUCACAGCGCGAGAGCCAGGGCUUGUCUAUUCAGUAA